CAGCUGAUCAUUCCUCCCAGUGAGAGGAGGGAGGGGAGGUGGGAAAGGAGUGACCACUGAUGCUCCACUAAUCUGCAUCGGAGAGCAAAAUCAGACGACGGAAACAGCAGCUGCAGCACAGGCUGGACAUCUUUUCCUUGCAGAGGAUUGGAAGGGUGGCGAGGAAGUGAGUCGUUCAAAGGGAAAGCAAUAACAGUUUAUAUUUAGUAUCCUUCUUGGUUGAGAGUGGGACAAAGACUCUAGUCGACAUUCAAUAAGGAACAGGAGCCCUUGUUUUCCAACUCACAAACAGUGCAGUGAUGUCCUGGUUGUCUCCGGUCCAGUGGGCCAAAUGGACGUGGUCGGCAGUGACGGGAGGUACGGGGGACGACGGGCAGCAAGAUGACAACAAGUAAGACCUGCACAUUUAGGCAUGUGAUAAUACUCCGACUCAGAGGGGACCUUUGAGACCCCAGAGGUUGAGUCUCCAGGUGUUGUGAAACUGCUGAGCGAGCUGGACAACUCCACACCCACAGAGCACUUUGCCCACAAGAUUUCCAACCAGGAUGAGGUGGACACCAUCAACAACAUGACCAGCUCGUCCCCCAACAACAACAGCUUUGGUCUGAACCAGAAUCUCAAUCUGACUGUGACACCCCUAUCAAAUCCUCCCCCUCAAGCACCGAGGCCCCCAUCUCUGCCAGUCCACUCCGUGCUGAACAAACCCGACCCCUCAGAGGUGGACGAUGAAGCUCCUGUGACCUUCGACCUGAAGUUAAUGCCCAGCUAUGACCACUCCUUGCAUCAUGACCUGCUCAACGGCAAUGUGAACUGUGAUUCAGUAAAACAGGCCUGCAUCCAGGAAGUUUCCAGUGAGGUCAGCAGCACCAUUAACACAAAGUCAUGUAAAAUGAAGUUGGAUCAGCUGACACAAAAGGACGCAAGUGGGCAGGACGAUCGAGGUGGCCACGCUACAGAUGAAGAGAAGCUGGCCAGCAGCACAGGUGUCAAACCAGACAAGGAGCAAAGUCUCUGCCAUGUGACCCCCGGACCAGAUGAGUCAGACAGCUGCACAGUGCACAAUGAAGACCACAGUGAAUGGAAAAACAAAUCAGAAGGAAGUGGGAUGCAGAAAACAGGAAGUCAGGUCCUGGACUCUAUUUGCAUCAGUGAGGAGGAAAAACAGGCCGUUCUGACUCUCAUUAAAGAGGAGGUCAUCACUAAGGAGGUGGAAGUGAGCGACUGGAAGAGGAAGUAUGAGGACAGCAGACAAGAAGUCAAUGAGAUGAGAAAGAUUGUUGCCGAGUAUGAGAAGACAAUCGCUCAGAUGAUCGAGGAUGAGCAGAGGAACAGCCUAAGCUCCCAGAAGUCUUUGCAUGCCUUGACCAUGGAGAAGGAAGCCGCCCUGGCAGACCUGAGCUCAGUGGAACGCUCGCUGUCUGACGUCUUUCGGCGCUAUGAAAACAUGAAGAGCACCCUGGAAGGCUUUAAGAAGAAUGAAGAGGUGCUCAAGAAAUGUGCUCAGGAUUAUCUGGCCAGAGUCAAGCAGGAGGAGCAGAGAUACCAGACACUCAAAGUCCAUGCUGAGGAGAAACUAGAUAAGGCCAAUGAGGAGAUCGCUCAGGUGCGCACAAAGGCGAGCUCUGAAAGUAUGGCGCUGACAGCCAGCCUGAGGAAAGAACAAAUGAAGAAUGAGUCGCUGGAACAAGCGCUGCAGCAGAAGAAUCAAGAGAUGGAGGAGCUCACCAAAAUCUGCGAUGAGCUCAUCGCCAAAAUGGGAAAAGUAGACUGAGAUGAGUUUCCUGUGGCUCAACCAUGACUUCCUGUGCAUGCUUCCAACCGACAAGACGCUGAAACCCCUCCCUUGUGCUAGCCUUUCUGAGAUCAUGCUAGAAGGGACUUUUUUUUUAAAUUUUUUACAUGUAGUCAUCUGUUUUGAUUGCAUUUUGUGAACCCCCCCGUGCUUUUGGCCAUCCUGCUAGCGCACAACAAUGACGUACUUGUGACUGAGCAGCUACAGCAGGAUGACAUCAGAUUUAAGGCAGGCAGAGGUCCUCAUGUUCACGAGUAUGCUCAGAGAGGCUUUGACAAGGGUUGUUUUACGUGAAAGCAACAAUCUGAAUAAUGUGUGGAAGCAGAAGAGGGAGGCAAAGGUCUAGUUACAGCUGUGCAAGAAUAAGGCUGAAACGGUUUAAGAUUCAUUAGUUCAGGAGGAGCUAGGCUCCAGCAUACCCCCGCGAGCCUAAUGAGGAUUAAGCGGCAUAGAAAAUGGGAGGGGAUGGAUGGUUUAGGAGGAGCAUUGGAUCUCAUUGUGUUCUGACCACUUUUCCAGUGCUUCAAAAUCCUUCACAACCUAGAGUUGUAUUUGCACACAAUUUUAGCAGACAAUCAGUGGCUCCCCUGUGAGUGCAUAACACUGUGCCACUUGUGUUUUUUUCUUUUUUUUUGUAUCUUACGCUGCACAAGGAUAUUUAUUAGAGGGCUGACGUCCACCAAGGUCGAACAAUAGAUCAAAUUCUACACCUCUAGAUACACACUUCAUGCUUCUGUUUUAAUUUUGUCAGAGAAAUGAAGGAAACUGUUAAACACUGUACGUACUAUCAACUAGUAGAGCAUUCAGCAGAGUCCACAACUCCGCCAAGGUCGAACUGAUAACAAAACUGGAAAAAAAGAAAACGCGAGCCACAUUUGUGUUUGUCCAACAAUAUUCUGAUGAGUGGCAUUUUCUACAGUCAGAAGCGUGACCUCUGACAAAAAUGAAGCCACACGCAACCAACAAAAGACAGGAAUUCUUGUAUGGCUAAAACAUUAACUGGACUAGUUGAUUAUCGGACUAACAUUAUUUAUUCUGCGGGCUUUCGUCGGGACAAGCUGCAAGUUUUUAUUUGUAUUUUGUACAAAAGUGGGGAAAAGGGUGUCUGUGUUAUAAGGCUCCUUCCUGGUCCAUGGCGAAUGACGUGAGAUGCGGGUUCCUACGCAAGUAUGGGAAAAGUAUAGAAUUUGAUUUUGUAAGUUUCCAGGUCUGGAAAAGUAUAGAAAAUGGAAACUCCUGUAUGGAAAAAUCUUAAUUGUCCCAAAUCUGUGGCCACCUUUCUGUUUUCUAAAAGAGAUGAAUAACAACAAGAGAUCUGGUUUCUAAGGCGCUUGCUCGGGCAGCUAAGAUGUUUGUGUGAGAACACCCGCAUCCCGGAAAACAUUUGAGAAGUUUGACAGGUUGCAUGGCCAGCUCUGUGCUCUUAUCCUCGCCAAGCCUUUGUAUGAGCUACAUUACCUAGCUGUAAUCUCUGGAAAUGAUAUGGCAUACAUAUUCAGAAUAAUGAAAUCACGAUAAAUUCCAUAAUUUAUUUACAUGCAACUAUCAAUUAUUUUCUUAGUCGAUUAAUCGAGUAAACGGUUAGGCCGUGGAUGGACCAAAUCAACAUGAACCAAACGGUGGUUUGGUCUGCAACAUAUCAGAAAAGAGGCAAAAAUGUGCAUCACAGUUUUCCAAAGUCAAAGCUGAGUGUGAAUAUCAUGUUUAUCCUAAAACACAAAGAUAAUAUGCCUGUGAAUAUUUUCAUUCCUCCAGGUAAUUUUUACUCAGGGCAUUGAAUCCAUCGCAACUGGCCUGUUCAGGUUUUAGAAGAUGUUUCGCCUGUCAUCUGAGCAGGCUUCAUCAGUUCAUGCUCACUGACCAGGUGGGGCAAACGCUAGUCUGAUACAAAGUCGGCUUUCUAGGAUGACUAAGGAAAUAAAAAAUAUUGGGGAGGCUGAAAUCGGAGAAUAUAUUCACAUUUUAAAAUCAAACGAUUAAUCAAAUACCAAAAUACUGUAGUUGUAGAUUCAUUGGAUAAUGGAUUCAUCAUCAAUUGUUGCAGCUCCAAUGAUACACAUCUAUUACAUAAGUCUGGAAAAACUAUGUCAAAUCCGUAGGAACCCUGUAAGAUGUUAUGAUACUGGGACAGGGAUGUUGUGACCAUUGCGGCUCAAAUACAAAAAAGAAAAUACAUUUGUUUUUCUACAUUUUUAUCUGGAUGUGCAUCAAAUGUAGUAUGUUCUUGUUGGGCACAGUUUUUUAGAAAUUGGUGAAAUUUGUACUUGUUCCUUUUUCAUAAACAAGUACAAAUCAAAACAGCACCUCAUGCUGCUUCCAUACUGUGGUUAUUGUAAUGGUUUAAUUUUACUUGAACAGGCAUACAAGUUACAAUCACACAGUUCAGUUACUAGGUGGGGUUAAUAAUCCUGGAGCCGCACCUUUUAUUUAGAGCCACAUUAAAAAUUCUGGGGUGCUUUGUUGGCCCUCGACAAAGCAUUGUGCACAUUGGUUGACGAAUUUUUGCGUACUCCUGAUGUACUACUGCACUCAGUAAUGACAGAUAUUUUGCAUGUAACAAACGGACCUUUUUUUUUCUCCCCCCCCAAAUUAACAAAUCAACACACACACAACUUGUGCCAUUCCAGAGCUGCAUUUGCAUUACAUUUGUACAUUUUCUCAAUUUUGUGUUGGCACAUUGAAGACUUACUGUGUACUGUAUGUAUACUUUUAACGGAAGAAAUAAAGAUAUAAUUUGU